ACUCUCACAGCUUGCGACUUUGAUCUACGUGGCCUAAAUCCAGAAAGCCGUUUAACGAACCUCCUUCAGCUUUCAAAUGUGGAAGACUUGGAGAGGCAAAGUGAAGAAGCUCGCAGGGCCAAUAGACAAGCAGAGCUCUUUGCCCUCAGUCCCCCCAUGGAUGAGGAGGAUACUGUUGAAAUCCGCCCUUUACCAGAUUGUCCUAAGGAGCAUGUGGGAUUCAGAAUAAUGGUGAAGCUGCAUACUCUGAGAUUUGAUAUUGACAUUGAGCCGCUCUUUGUGAGCAUUGCGCUAUAUGACUGUAAAGAACGAAAAAAGAUUUCAGAGACUUUUCACUGUGACUUGAAUUCAGAUGCAUUCAAGAACCACCUCCGUGCUCACACACCGAGUGUGGCCCCUUCAAGCCAAGCAAGAACUGCACUGUUCUCAAUUACUUACCCUUCU